GAGUGAAAGAGAGAGAGAUAGAGAGAGAGAGUGUGUGUGAGAGAGAGAGAGAGAGAGAGAGUGUGUGUGUGAGAGAGAGAGAGAGAGAGAGAGAGAGACAGAGUGUAUGUGUGUGUGUGUGUGUGUGUGUGUGAGAGAGAGAGAGAGAGAGAGACAGAGAGAGAGGAGGAAUUAAGGAAUGAAGGAGAAUGGGCUCAGGCUGAAGUCAGGCUCCAGUGUUAACUCUUGAGCGCGGCUUUGGGUUUUUUGCUGCUAAUGCGGUUAUGAGCGGAGGCUGAAAGUAUGAUUGGCGGAAUGUUUCGUUUUGCUGUCAGAUAUUAUCCUCAUGUCCACACGAGCACUUCGGAUUAUUACAGUCGUCUCUCUCCAGAAAACCAGAACACACAGCGUGGAUAUAAAGGACGGAAGAAUAGAGGAGUUUUUCUGUGAGACAAUGGAGCAGAUCAACAGCCAGAGGCUUGAUUCAGCAAUCAGCCCUUAAGCAAGUUUCUGGAUUUUCACAAUGAGGAGACAGACUCGCCACGUCUUGCUGGCCUGCGUGGUCUUCAGCUCCAUCACAAUCUUUUAUCUCAGCCUUAGUGCCAUGGAAUGCCCAAACUCCAAAUCCAGGACCAGUGCUUGGGCUGUAUGGGCAGCUAACCAGCGUCUGGGCAAGAACCUCAGUUACUCUCUGCCUAUUCCUAUAGAAUACAGUGAAGACACUCCUCUGAUUUUUGUUGGUGGAGUCCCUCGUAGUGGCACUACUCUAAUGCGGGCCAUGUUGGAUGCCCACCCUGAGGUGCGCUGUGGAGAGGAGACGCGCGUCAUCCCCCGUUUGUUAGCCAUGCAGGCUAGCUGGAGCCGCUCAUCUCGUGAGAGGACUCGCUUGAUCGAGGCUGGUGUCACAGAUGAGGUCCUGGACUCCGCUGUCCGUUCCUUCCUCCUGGAGAUCAUUGUGGGUCAUGGUGAACCGGCCCCACGCCUCUGUAACAAGGACCCUUUUGCUCUGAAGUCUCUCGUGUACCUCUCCAAACUCUUUCCACGUGCCAAAUUUGUGCUGAUGCUGCGUGAUGGCCGGGCCACGGUUCAUUCCAUGAUAUCACGCAAGGUGACCAUCACAGGAUUUGACCUAACGAGUUACCGGGACUGUCUGGUGAAAUGGAACCGAGCAGUGGAGGUCAUGUAUGAACAAUGCCAGGCUGCGGCAGAGGGGAGCUGUCUGCCUGUGCACUAUGAACAGCUGGUGUUAAAUCCAGAGGCAGUAAUGCAAAAGCUUCUUAAGUUCCUGGAGCUGCCCUGGGACCAGGCCGUUCUGCACCACGAGCAGCUGAUUGGGAAAGCUGGAGGAGUGUCCCUGUCUAAGUUGGAACGGUCAACUGACCAAGUAUUCAACCCGGUGAACACAAAAGCCCUGUCUAAGUGGGUGGGACACAUUCCUGAUGAUGUAGUGAAGGACAUGGCUAGCAUAGCUCCCAUGCUGAAGCGCCUGGGUUACGACCCUCUGGCUAACCCUCCAGACUACGGCAAGCCAGAGCUCUUAUCCCUGCAUAACAGGCAUCAGCAUAAAGGAGCUAAAGAAAAGUCAGAUGUUUAUCAUCCUAGUUAAUCCAUGAGGGAGCAUCUUGAUUCAUGUUUCACGAACACGUGAAUUCCACGUUCAAGGUUUAUAUGUUGGUGAAAUUUGCAGGACGCUUGUACACAUAGCAUUAGACUGGACUUUUUUGACCAAUGCCUCACAAAUCACCAGCUCUCCGAAAUGCAAUGUGAACGAUGUCCGGUGCAUCUGUGAAAAGCAUCACUAUUCAUUUAUUAAAGUGUCUGUCAAAGAAAAUAAAUAUUUAUUUUAAAAAUAAC